GACGGCGUUGUUGAAGGUGACGCCGGAGACAAGAUGGCGACGGCAGUGAGGGCGAGUGUCCGAGCGGCGAGAGAUCGGAGGCUGAGGGUCCCAGCGAGAGCGGCUCUCCUGCUGACUUCAUCUGCCAUCAACAGAAUUAAGACUCUACUGCAACAGAGACCAGAAUGUGUUGGUUUGAAAGUUGGAGUCCGCACUCGUGGCUGCAGUGGUCUCUCGUACAUGAUAGAGUAUGCAACAGAGAAAGGGAAGUUUGAUGAAGAAGUUAAUCAGGAUGGUGUGCGUGUGUUCAUUGACCAGAAAGCACAGUUAACCCUACUAGGCACAGAAAUGGAUUAUAUUGAAACAAAACUCUCUAGUGAAUUUAUUUUCAAUAACCCAAAUAUUAAAGGAACAUGUGGAUGUGGUGAAAGCUUUACUAUGUAAUUAUUCAGAAAAUAAAUAUGUAUAUAAAAUUAA